AUGGCCGCGUCAGCUAGUGAAAUCGAAGAUUUCUUAUACGGGCCUCUGGUUUCGUGGCUAAAAUCAUGUUUAAUAAACUCUGAUUUAAUCACUGAUUAUACAUCUCUGUUCAAUGGUGAUAUACUACACCAGCUGUACCUUCAAAUUGACCCAGAACCAACUCAUCAUAUUACAAAAUUAACUGGUUUAGAGGAGCAAGCACUACUUCUGGGAAGAGUGAAGAACUUUGAUGCAAUUGUGAAAAAUGUUAAGAAUUUGUAUGAAGAAGAGUUGGGAAUGACCCUUUUGGUUGUGCCAGAAUGCAUAUGCUUAGGAAAGUCACCUGAAUCUAGAGAUGGCCUAGAGAAUAUGAAGCUUCUUCUUUUACUCUUGCUUGGUGCAGCUGUUCAGUGUCCAAACAAAGAACUGUUCAUUACUCGGAUCAAAGAACUAGAUGUGGAACUACAGCAUAAUAUAGUGGAGUGUAUUAAGCAGGUUACAGAUAUGCAAACAGUAGUUUUAACACCUGAUGCGAUAGAUCUUUUUCAAUCGCCCACUUUGUUCAACCAUAUGCGACGUUUAGCUAAAGAACGAGACCAUUAUCUACAAAAUUGGGCUUCAUUAGUUCUCAAUGAUGAUUUAUGCGAGAAUGAUACCGAGAAUAAAAAUGCUAAAAGUCGCUCCACACAAAACGUCAACCAAAACAACAGUGACAGUCAACAUCUAGCUGUGGAAUUAGCCGAUUGGAAAGCUCGACUACGAAAACAGAGACAAGAACUGGAAGAAAAGUCUGAGCAAUUAUCCGAAUGCCGGGAAGAAUUAGAGCAUACUAAAUUGGUAUUGGCUAAAUUACGGUCUGAUAGCCAAGAAUGGUUCAAUGAAGCACGAAAGGCUGCAGCUUACAGGGAUGAAGUUGAUGCUCUAAGGGAAAAAGCCGAUCGCUGCGAUAGGCUCGAACAAGAAAUACAAAGGUAUAGGGAUCGAUUAGCUGAUGCAGAGUACUAUAAAACUCGAGUUACGGAACUAAGAGAAGACAAUAAAGCUUUAAUGGAAACGAGAGAUGCCUUAGAAGAACAACUGCAAAGAGCCCGCAAAAGAGCUGAACAAUGUUUAACAUUAGAGGCAGCUAUGAUUAAACUUAAAAGAGAGGCUAAUGAUAUAGCAUUGGAAAGAGAUGCUGAUCAGCAGAAGAUCCAAGAACUUAUAGAAGAAAAUAAUCAUUUACAGUAUAUUACAAAGUCAGUGUUAAGCGAGAGUAAUAAUAGUAACUUAGAUAGUGAUAAUGAAUGUGAAAGUACAUUAGAAUCAGGAGAAAAUAGUUUGUCGGAGCAGCUAACCAGUAAUGCACAAGCAAGGGCUUUAAAACUAGAGUUAGAAAAUAAACGUUUAUUGUCAACUAUUGAUAGUUUGAGAGAACAGUCAUUGCUAGAAAGUGGAGAAAAGUUGCUAGAGUUAGAAAAAGAAAAAAAGAAAUUAAGUUUGAAAUGUGAGCAGUUACAAGAAAAUUGUAAUAGGCUUGUACAACAAAACUCAGACUUAGAAGAGGUGUUUAAAAACGCUCUUGAAGAAAAUAGAAAACUACAAGAUUCGUUGGAUAGCCAAAAAAAUUAUAUUGAUAAACAAGCUAUCGAUAGAGAUUCAGAAAAAAACAAAUUACAAGAUUUUGAAAAACACCUAGAAUCUCUUACCAAAGACAAGCAACGUAUUCAAAUGCUUUGCGACUCUAUACAAAGAAGAGCAGAUGAUUUAGAAAAGGUAUUGGACGCCAGAACAAAAGAAUUGAAUGUUGUUAAACCAGAAGCAGAUAAAGUUACAGGACUUAUUAUACAAUCUGAAGAACUCAAAACAAAGUUGACGUACAGUGAAAAAGAAUCGCACAAUCUUCAAAGAGAAGUUAACAAAUUAAGAGAAGCUAUUGAAGAAAAAGAUGUAUCCAUUGAUAAAUUUACAACGGAAAUUGAAUUAAAAAAGAAAGAACUCGAGAGGUCAGUUAAAGAGCUAGAAAUUAAUCAAGUUACUAUUAACAAAUACCAAGAUUUAGAACAAAAAGCUCAAGAGUUAAAAUUACAAAAGAAAAUGGAUUCGGAAACUAUUCAAACUUUACAAAAAGAUUUGAUAAGGGAGAAAGUAAGUUUUGACAAAGUAAGAAAUUGUCUAGAGAAACUUGGUAUACAUGUCUCUGAAAUAAUUAACAAAGACAUUAAUGUGGAAGAUUUAUUAGAGAAAAUAAUAACAAAUUCUGACCAUGAAAGCGUUAUAUCUGAUAUUGCUGCUAAAGCUAAUUUAAUGGCACUAGUACCAUGUCAUUGUCGUGAAAAACAAAACAUAGAAGUUAUAAAUGAAAACUUGAGUCACCCACAAAUAGAGCAGUUAACUGCAGAUCUAUCUGCGUUGCAAGCUAGUUUAGAAAAUUGUCACGCUGAAAACGCGAAACUACAAGUUAAUGUGGCAACAUUAAAUUCACAAAAUGGUUCGUUAAUUUCCCAACAGAUGACAUUACAGCUAGCUAACAGUCAACUGGCUGCAGAGAAGGAAGAAAUUAUUAAACAACUGGAAGUUUUAAAAGAUAAGCAAGACAAUUUACUGAGGGAUCAAGUAGCUCUACAAACGUUACAUGAACAAUUAAACACAGAAUAUGAAUUGCUACUUAGUGAAAGAGAACCAGUGAAGGCUACAAUUCGAGACCUAAAAUUAGAAAAUAGAGAAUUAAAGGAAAGGCUCGACAGUUAUGAGAAGAGGAUUUCAGAAUUUGAGUUAGAAAGAGAAAACUUAAAAAUUGAAUCUAGAAAUUUAAUAAAUCUUAGAGCGGAGCACUCUAAACUAAAAGAUGAUUUUAGAAAUCUCUUUACGGCUAGUGACAGGCUUAAAAAUGAGUACAGAAAUAUGCAAGAAGAAUAUCGAAAUUUAAGAAGUGAAGUUACUCAGCUCAAAUUGAGAAACACUGAAAUGUCAGGUGAAAUAAAUACAAAAAUUGAGAUUAUUACAGGCAUGGAAUUAGAGAUUAAUAAAACAAAUCAACAUUGUGAAAUGCUAGUUCACAUGAAUAAAAGUUUGGAUGCUGACCGGCGAUCUUUAAUGGACCAUGUUUCUCAAUUAUUGACUCAGUACCACGAAUUAUUAGCACAUUCACUCAAAGAUAAGCAACAUUAUCAUGAAGAAGAAAAAAUGUUUGCCGACAGGGUAAACGCUUUAUGUAGGCAGAAGGAAAAACUGGAAGAAAAGAUAAUGGAACAUUAUAAAAAACUGGAUAAUUGUACCCCGAAAAGACGUGGUUUUGGAGCUUCAUUUGUCAAAAAAGUUCGUAAAGCUGGUAAUGAUUUGAUAAAUAAGACUUCUAGGAAUAAUAAGAGAAUGGAGGAUGCGAGUCGAUCAAAAUCUCAACUUACACUCGCGGGCUCUGAAUCGGGAGAAUCUGACCAAGGCAGUCAGGACAUGGAAAAAAAUACAAAAAUAUCAGAGCAAGAUCAAGGAUUAUCAAACCCUAGUGUAGAAUCACCGAGACAUAGUUCAGACUCGAGUUAUAGUAGAAGAUUUGAAGAAAAGCUUUUAAAAAAAUCAGACAAUGUUGAAUUGACUGGAUCAAUUCCUAGUUUAGACUCAUCAAGAUUAACCGGCGAGGGAAACUUUGUUCGUAGAUUGUCUACAGCGUCUAUGCAUAGUGGUGGUGGGGAUGAUGCUCUUAUCAGAGCUUCUUUAAGAAGAAGAGCUCAUAAAGCGGUACCAUCAUCACAUAGAAACAGUUACCAAGGCUUAGAAGGUGACUCGGGCUUGCCCACUGCAGCGUCCUCAGCUUCUUCUCCUGUGUUCGGUACAGCCGGUAGUCGCCGCACCGUUUACGUAGCAGAUGAUAAUCCUGAUGUUACUCUUAACGCAAAGCCGCAAAGUACACCAAUAAAAGAAAACCCUACUUACUUGGUUUACAACAGAAUAUCAACAGUAAUUGGUGAUGGGGCUUGCCAAAGUAUAAAUGACAGACCAACUAGCGAACUGAACCAAUCUGUUUCGGAAAUACAUCGUUCGACGACUGACGAUGGAUUGCAAGAUCGGGAAGAUAGCAGACAUGACAGAAGAACUGUAAGUCGUAAUGAGAAACCUGACAACUCGAAAGAGUCUGCAAUUUGGUAUGAGUAUGGAUGUGUCUAA